GUAACGGAGCAGGUGAGUUAUUUUCUGGAUUUUCUUUUGAUAUUGAAAGCCAAAUUUCUGUCAUCCUAACCGGAUUCUAAAUGUUGUCAUAAAUGCUAAAGGUGAUUCGAAUGCCUCAAACAAGAAUCAAGACGAACUGAAGCGAUCACUUUCAGGUGAUGAUUCUUUGAGUUCGGAAGCAUCGUCAACCGCGUCGCUCGAACAAGAUCAGACGAUGCAUUCUGUGAGCGAAAGGCCAGGAUUAUUUCCUAACUCAAUGCGUGAGAGAGUUGGAGAAUCAAUGCGUUCCAUGAGCGAACACGCAGGAGAAUCAAUGCAUUCGACAAGUAGUAGAAAACAUGCAGAUCAAUUUUAUCGRAUGCAUAGAGUACAAGUGGUCUCAAAACAUAAUUGUAACGAUACCGUAAUAAGCUCUUUGUCCGGUAACACUCGUUCUUGCCAGUCAAUCAUGAGCCAAUCUCUUCCAAACAAAGUUGUACAGCCGAGUCCGAUAAAUAAAAGACAUCACAGUGCAUCCUCUCUCCUGGAUCCUACGCCCGAAUAUUCAUCGCAAACUAUGAAGUCACCUGGUCCAUCAAAUCGAUCCAGUCAUUCGUUUGCGAAUUCUAUCAAUUCCGCAACUCCAAGAGUUGGCCACAAAAGCCCAUCGUUUAGGGACCGCGUCGAUACUUCUUUCAUGGAUACCCUGGAGGAAAUUCAAUCUUCGAGCCAAGAGUCAGGAGCAAAUUCUGCAGAUCUUAUGGAUGCAGCCCUCGAAGCUGCUGUCGAUGAUAUGGGCAUUAUCACGUCGCCAUUGAAUGCCGGUUCAYAUUCAAAAAUUAGUGAGAUGAAAGAUGACCGUUCGACAGGAAUAUCGAUUCUGCCAAGUUCUUCUGGACGUUCCCAUUCUCCUCCAGGGUUUGUUUUCAAAGAUACGGAGGAGAGUGAUGCUGGAGGUCCACCUGAUCCGGUUGGAGCAGACGGUAUCGCUCCAUUGGACAGUAUAUUUGGUGCAGACGAUGAUACCUCAACAUCAACCAAUGGGCAGGGCGAYAAGUUGAGAGAAUCCGUCGACGAUGUCAAGGAAGGCGCUAAGCAUGGUAGCACUUCAACAAAACAAACUGUUUCUASUAGCAUUCGCAGUGGAAUGUCCAGUAUUCAAAAUGCUCCCAUCGUGGACGACCAGAAUAAAGAAACAGAAGGUUCUACAAGCAUCAGAACGGGACUCUCUGGCAUUCAAGGGUCGGCUGAUAUGGAAAAUUCAAUCAGCAUUCAUAAUACGACUAAAAAAACCAACACCAACGAAGUCGGAAACAAAGAUUCCGAGACGCCCUUAUCUGUCGAAGAAGGAGUUCGAAAAAAUGACGYCUCUGAUUCAAAGAUGACGCAAAAAUCAUCAAAUAUGAUCACCCCUACGUAUCCCGACACGAUCGAAGAAGAAAGUGAAACCAAAUCCACUGAGAAAUCAACGUUGACRAAAUCAACGUUGAAGAGUGACAAAAGUGAAACCAAAUCCACACAGAAAUCAACUUUGACGAGUGACAAYAUGUCUUGCUCGGUCCUCAAAGCAAAAUCGACCGCAACAACCGAUGGAUCCUCAGGAAAUACGUCUUCUUCUAUUCAGGUUUCAGUAGACUCGUCAAACAACACCAACAACGAUCUGAAUAUGGGCAGGAACAUUCUCCCACCUCUCCAAACCGCCAAUUACUCUACAAAUGAUGAAAUAUCAAAUAAUGGCUUAAGCYUGUUAUCACCAACAUCUCGUAACUCCCGUCCGUGGAAAAGCAUCGGCAAUGCGAUCAAAAAUGUAUUGGCCAAAGCAUCACCGAGAGCAAGUGGUCAUGCGGCCCUUUCAAAUAAUGGCAAUCUUCCUGAGCGUGACGAAUGCGAGAGUCUCUUUUCCGAUGAUGAUGAUGAUAUUUUUGGAGGUCUUGAAGUUGAAGAUGAUGAAAGGAAAAAGAAAAUCUAUGGCAAGGCAUCAAAGCAACCAAGUGUCAAGUCAAGUGGAGAGAAAGAGGGUUCCAUCUCCUACAGAACUGUUGAAGCGAGCAAUAAGCGAAYACCAACAACCAGUUUGAGAACUCAAACAAAAAGCACGAGGACGCAAUCGCAAUCKCAAAAUAUGAAGUCGUCAAUCAACAGCAGGAGAACGCAAUCCCAAACUAUKAAAUCACCAUCAAACAGCAGGAGAACUCAAUCUCAAAGUAUGAAAUCGCCAUCAAUUAGUAGGAGAACACCUGUGAGCACUAGACAAACACCAACUAACAGUGCGCGAAAGUYUCUCAAGAGUGGCACUGCUCGAUCUGGCGUCAKCAACAAUCCAACCACCAAUAUUUCCUUGCACGAUAAGAAAGAUGAUCUGCUACAAAGCGGUGCUGAGAUUGAAASAAGUCAAAAUGAUAGAUCAGGUAUGGUUGUUGACGAAUCUGAGGUUGUCCACAACGUCAACUCUGACAUAACUUCAUCUCUUAUCGGUGGCCCAAUAAGCGGUCCCUCUCCAUUCCAAAAGGCGAUGAAUGAAGCCACCAAAAUUCUUGAACAGAACGUUCUUGAAAAUGUCGACAGAGGCAAUGAAACGGAAGCUUCCGAGACCUUCCUAGAAUCACAAUUCCUUAAAGAAGACGAGGGAGAAUCUUUCACUUUGUUAAUGGAAGAAUCAGAGACUUCUUUCGUUGAACAGAAAUUUUCUAAACCUGUUAGCAAAGGAAUGGCAAAGMCGAAAGAARAGGUCCGAAUAGGAAUAUCGGGAGAAAAACAGGAGGAGGAAAAUGAAAUUAAUUGCAUGUUUCUCAAUUUUGGGUGUACAUUUACUGACCCAUGUGGUGGACUUGCUAGUUUGUGCACUCCAGCAAACAAACCCGAAAAUAAAGAUGUUGAAGAASUCGUUAUUGAAGAUGCCGAUGUUGACAAAGAAGACUAUGUCUCUGUUAGUUCACAAUCAGAUCUAACGAUGCUAGAGAAGAAAGUUUGGAACGAAUGGGAUCGCUUGAAUGAGACCGUUUUGAACAAAAAUCAAGSCGAUGGAAAAAGGGAUAAGUUUGAAAAGAAGCGAGAAACAGCUCGAGAUAAGCUGUUAAACAUUGCUACGGCGGCUAUUACACCCCACAUCGGUAAAKCUAGUGAAGCUACUCUUGUCGACGAUGAUACCAAAACCAAUUUUACGGAAGUCCACACUGUCUCGGCGUCGGGGUCUACUGAAUCGUAUUCGACGAAAGGAACCGAAUCUGGAGCUUCAAGCGGUAUGGAAUCGGGUGAUUCYAUGGGAUCAUUUUCUCAGGAAUCAACACGGGGAUACAGCACUUCAUAUUCUACCGAYGAGGAUUCRGAAGACGCAUCUGAGGCUCCCUCUCACUCUAAUGAUGGCAGAAAGACUUCAACAACGAUGAUGACACCAACCGCGGGUCCGAUACUUCUAUCCUUUAGUCAGAGAAGUUUGAUGGAGAAAUUUUCGAAACAACUGACGGCAGUUGGUGUUCAAGUUUUGAAGUUGAAUACACGCAGGCAAUGGCAGACACGAUUCUUUACGGUAUCUACGGAGCAAAUUGCACUAUCAGCUCACGAAGCUAUCAGCAAAACGGGAGAAAUAGCUCAGUGUCCGAAGGCCUUGUUAUGGCUAAAGAAAUUCAAUCCUAAGAGCGGAGGAUAUGGCAUCAAUAAUAUUGAUGGGAAUGGGCACGGAGGGAUGCUAUUAGUAGAUCUCGUCGAUAUCGAAGUUUGCGACAGGAAAGAUGAUAUGGUAGGAAAUCCCAUCCCGAAGAAGCUGGUGGAUAAGUUUGAGAACUCCGUUCUAGUCACUCUCAAGUAYAAGAUGAAAGGAGUCCUCCGUUCCAUCGAGUUCCGAUGUAGACAUAACGACGAAGCCCAAUUCCUAUGUACGUGCAUGAGAGUCAUCCGUGAUUUGCUCCGAAGAGAGCGUUCUUUGAGACAAAAACUAAGCAAGCAGCAAUCAUCAACUAAUAAAAAGACGUCGUCCUCAUCGCGGAGGACAUAGUGUGGCCAGCAAGCAACCAUUUGGGUAAAACUCAAAGAACGCGAUGAAUAGGGCAUAAC